GCUUGACGUAUUGACAUCCAGCUUUUGAUCUAGUCUCCACUGCUAGAUUGGGCCCGCCAUUCGCAGUUCCUGUUAGGCAACUGUAGAAAAUUAGCAGUGCAGGAAUGCCUUCACGAAGCGUUCCUCUAGUAUGAACAGAGUGGGGAACAUGAAACGUACAUGGCAAGAAUAGUGGGAAAAAGGGAAAGAGAGAAAAAAAAGAAAUCAUGCAUGUGACAAUCUUCGCGGAGAAUCAGUCGACUUGAUUUUGCAAUGGCGUGUCAAGGACUUCUUCCUGGAGGGGUGGGAAAAGGUAUAAAAGCCAGGACACGGCUGCCCUCGAUCCUCAUUUCUGAUCAUCAAGCUCAAGAAUCUCCAAGCCAAUUAAGCAAACCAGCAAACCAAAGCCUUUUUUUUGUUCUCCAACAAAUCAACCCACCCUUCCAUCCAUCAACAUUCCUGCACUCACUAAAUCGCUUUCCUCACAUGGUCAUCUCGCCUCGCCAGUGUGCCACUGUCCUGUGUUUCUGGGUCGAUACCAACCUUGAACUCCUUCGUUGUAAGCUCGGUAGCAGCCUAGGUGUUGUACUUAGACAUGUAGUCAUUGAAGUAGAGAGAUCUUACCUAGUUUAGAUACAAGAAAACCUAGAUCGAUGAGCAUGCCAAGAACACACUGUAGUGCUAUGCUACUAAACCGUAAGAGAUUCAAUCUAUAGAUUUCUUGUCUUCAACCGUCUAG